ACGUCGUCCCCAAUCGCCGCCUCCCGCCGCGCCCUCGCCCUUUCCCCAGUCGCCGCCUCCGCCUCCACCUCCGCCGGCGCGAAGCCCGCGCCCCCGUCGCCGCGUGCCGCCGCGGACCCCCGCGAAGUAGCCCUCGCCCAAGGACGCCGCACCCAAACCCUAGCACCCCGUAGGGCUCCCUCUUGCCCACCGCCGCUACCAGAGAGAGAGAGAAAGAGAGGAGGAAGGUGGUGCAAAGAAGGAGGUGCCGCCCGGAGCUUCGCCGGAGUACGACGCCGCCGCCACACCGGAGGAGAGGAGGAACACGAGGAGGAGGAGCCGAGGAGGUCGUUCUCCCCGCGCCGGCGCCUCCCGUGUCAAGGUCGCCGCCGGGUCCAGCGGGGUUGGCUCCCCGCUUCCGCAUGCGGCCCAAGUCGCCUCCGGCUCCGACGACGUCGCCCCCAUUGCCACGGUCAGUCCCUCCUCUCCGACCAUUGCACGAGGGGACAUGUUUCCUUUCUGCCUGAAGAGGAAAUGAUGGAUCUUGAGUCUUUGGCGGAGUACAAUGAAAUUGUUAGGAAGAUGUUCGCCAAUGAAGAAGAAGGAUUUCAGUUUUACAACAAAUAUGGUCGUGAGAAAGGAUUUAGUGUGAGGAGAAGCUAUGUUGAGUGGGACAGUGGCCACAAUGAGCUGACCCUUCGGAAGUUUGUUUGCAGCCGUGAAGGUUUCCGUGAAGAGAAGCACACGAAGAGGGAGGAUAAGCAGCGGAGGCCACGAAAUAUAACUCGUGUUGGAUGUCGUGCGAAAUUUGUGAUUGCACGAGAUAAGAACACGGGGCAGUGGUAUGUGAAAGAUUUCAUCGACCCCUGGCGCCCAUCUUCUUCUUGUUCACCCGGGUGAAGACGACUCGGCGAACUCGGGUCGACCCCUGGCGCCGUGCCGCGUUUGGCAUCGCCUCGCCCCUCGGCGUCCACGCUCUAAUAAUAGAAGAUCCGCGCCGCCCUUCUCUCUCCAAACCCUAGCCUCCUUGACACGCGCCGCACGUUCCACAAACCGUACCCACCGGCCUCCCAUUGCAACCGACCUCCAAGCUGCCGCCGCCCGCCGUCCACUCCAGAUCACCGACGCGCGACCCCUUCCGGCCGUCUUCAACCGUCGCGACCCAUCUUGAUAUCAUGGAUCCUAUCAACAUUCAACUACUUCAGAAGGCCCUGAAGGAUGAGGAUGAGAUGAUUACCAAAUUUAAGGGGGACCGAGAUGAUUCGAAUUUAGAGAUAGAGCAACAACGUGCCAAAUCAAACAUCAGCAGGAAAACACAGGUACAUGAAAUUAACCGGUCUUUAAUCGCAGAGUGUGCCCGGCUGGACGAAAGGUGCCACGAUGAGAAUGUUGAUUUUGUCACCAAAUUUGAGAAGAGUCUGGUAGGCUUCCUGCGCAAAGGGUUUGAGGAUCAGCGUGUUUACUUUGCCCAGCAAAGAAAGGAGGAACGUGCUGUCUUCAAUAUGGCCUUUACAAAGCUCUUUCAUCAAACUGAAGCCUACAUAAAGAACGAGCGAGAAAAUAACGACAACAUUCAUAUGAAGCUAAUGAAACAAUUGGAUGAGUUGGAGAUUGUGCACUCAAAGGUUAAGUCCCUGAUUGACUUCUCUAUCCACGAAGCACAGGGUCGUGCCAAGAUGAAUGUCCAGGUACCGGAUGGGAUCUACAUGCCACGGGGUAAAUUCUUAAGAUUAAUGGACAACGAGUGUGGCCUGGAUGUGGUUAUGCGCUUUAAGGUCCACAUGGUGAAGCAAUUGUAUUAUGAUCUACAAAAGUACGAUGAUGAAAGAGAUGAUAUUGGUCAGGUCACACUUUACAAUUCAGAGAACACAACUAUUGAGUACCACAAAAUGGUGGAGAUUCUAGAUCCAUUUGGAUACACAGGAGAUGCAGAGUUGUACUACCUGCUUCCUGUUCCAGGGAUUAAUUUGUUAGAUGGGUUAAAAAGGAUUAAUGGAGCAGAAGAUGUUAAGCUAAUGGUGGAUGAUCAUGCUAAAGCAGGGACUAAAAUUUGUCAUCUGUAUUUAGUGAACAGAUCAGAGUCUCCAAAUAUGACAUCUCCCAGAGAGGAGUCUCCAAAUAUGACAUCUCCCAGAGAGGACUCUCCAGAUAUGACAUCUCCUAGAGAGGAUUCUUAAAUGAUUAGGUUCUGGUUUCAUUUUGAGAACUGAGAUUUUGUUAUCAAAUUGAAUACUUGGGUUGUGUUUCUUUAUUUUGGUUUUUUAAUAUCGGACUCCUGAAGUCAAGGACGCUGCUUGUAGACCCAGAAUGUUUUAGAAAUAUUAUUAGCAAGUUAUCAUUAAACCAUCUCU